UAGAAUUCAAACUCAAAGCGGACAGGGUCCAGGGACGUUGCAAACAGCACGGAUUUUUACGGUGGAUCUGCAGCUCGACCUCGUCGCGUAGGGGUGACAUGGACGGGACCCCUGUCCCCGGUGCAGAGCGCGCACCGGAGACGGCCACGGGAGCGCGCCGCGUGAGGCCAGUGAGCGGAUUCGGGUAAUGUGGGCAUGUCCGAUGGAAAGGGCGAGGAAAUAGGGCCGGGGGUUGUAGGUGAGAAAUGUGGAACGCACAGGAGGAAAGGGCCGGGGGGAGCAGUCCGCCGCGCAGGGCGCGCUCACGUCGGGAGCUGCGCAGCCGGCACUGGUGCCUCAGAAAGGAGCUGCGGGAGGUUAAGAAACUGCACGGAGAGGAGCAGGAUCGCUGGGCGAGGGAGAAAGAGCUGCUUCUCCGACAAGUCGCCGAUAUACAAGGAAGGGAAAACAGGCGGACGCUGCUGGAGCUGCGCGUCACACUGCACGAGCUCCGGCUGCGCUUGCGGAGGGAGGAGACGGAGCGGCGCGAGCUGCAGCUGCGGCGCGCCCACGAGCAGUGCGCGUGGCAGCGCGAGCGAGCCGAGCUGCAGCGUCGCAUCGCACAGCUGGAAGCAAGAGGAAAGGACGAAAUGCAGGGCGGGCAGAUGGCGCCGAGCGCGGGCCCCAGGGACGCGCUGGAGAGGGACCGUGAGGAGCAGAAGCGGCUGCUGGCGGACACGCAUGCGACGGCUGUGGCGCUGCGCUUGCAGCUGGAGAGCAGCGAGCAGGACUGGGCGCAGCACAAGGCGGACUUGCUGGAACGCUUUGACGCUGAGCGCAGGGAGUGGGAGGAUCAGCUUGGGGAUAUGCAGAGGAAGAUUGAGGAGCUCUAUGAUGAGGUGAAGGCUCAUCGCAGAGGGACGGAGGUUGGGCCCAACAGCAAGAUGCACGAUGGUGAUCUCAAGAUCAGCUUACAGUCCAGCAGGACCAGCUCCAGCAUCUUCACCGACUUUCACAGCAGCAAUGAUGAAUCUGAAACUCCCAAUCAACAUAGUAAUAUCUGCACCGACAGCUCACAUCAUGAAAGCGAAAGAAACAAUGGUCCAGCCGGCAACCGCAGUAAUGGCUGCACUGAUCAUUAUAAGAGUAGUGAAUGGGAUUUUUAUGCAGCAGAACUCGAGGACAUCUUGAAGGGAUGCCUUCGAAAAGGAUCUGAGCACUCCUCUCCUGAGCAGCAGACCUGCAGUAGUUCCUCCUCCACCACAUGGCCAGUUUUUAGUAGCCCUUCCCCUACAAAACACCCAGCCUUUGACAGCCCCUCCCUUGAUUUACAGCGAUGCUGCAGUAGCCCUUCAUCUAUCAAAUGUGAGGUCUGUGAAAGCCCUUCCCUUUCCAGAUAUCAGGCCUGCAGUAGCAGUCCACAGAUCUUUGGUCUGGCACUCGAAAACGACAGGAGGAGGAACAUUAUGGCGUUGAACACUGCUCGCCAAGAGAUUUCCAGAGUGAGCAAGGAGCUGUGUAGCUACCAGGACGAGAUAAGAAAAAAGUCUGACUUUAGACAUGAACUUUUUUCAUUCUUGCACGAGUUUGAGGGACAACAAAACAAGAAGGAUCAGACAAAGAAUGAGGUUCCUGAUGUUUCUUUAAGCCCUGUGUGCGACUUCCAGGCCUUGGAGGAACAGAGCUGGAUCCACUGGGAAGGUGCUGCCAGGGAUGUGGAUUCUUCACUUCCCCAGAGGAAAACAGAUGCACCACCCGUACCACUUCGCACCACUUCUUGGUACCCUAGCAGCUCCACAGCCCUCGAGUCCUCCAUAGAAACAAAACCCAUCUCUUCUGUCAGUGCAGACAGGAAGUACAGCAGUCCCUCUGUGCUCAGGAAGUUUGGGGCAAUGUCACUGGAGAAUGAAGGGAAAACUCUGAUGGAUUCUGUUGUAGUUUCAAGCCUUGUACCUUCAGACUCCAAGUGCAAUAUUAGUUGUUGCCACAGCCAGUGGUCCUGUGAUGGCAGCAAGUUUGGCAGCAGCAAAUCCUCCACAUAUGUACCUGUUCGAAACUGCCAGUCAGGAGCCCCAACCCAAGAGGAGGGUCCAGCCUGCACAGAAAAUGAGCUCCCAACGUACCUCUUGGAGCAGCUUCAGCUCUUGGACACCGACUUUCUUAGCGACAGAUUGAGGCCCUUACCUUUGGAGGUGCCUUCUUCACACUCUAAUUCUGCAAGGCCCUGGAGGAACAAGACUCUGGAGAUAAAGACAGCAGAGUUUAACCGCACCGUGUUCCAUGGGGAGAUGGGACAUUCGGUGGAAGAGGACAGUCUCACAGCUGAAUGUGUGCUACAGUACCCUGACACCCUAUCUAUGCACUCCAUCCCCAAAAGUCUUUCAGAGACCUGUGAGCAAAAUCCCGAAGAUGCAAGAGCGGGCAACUAUCAGAACAGGAAUGACUCCAGCUUCAGUGCCUUCAGCCAGUCCAUUUCAGAUGCAGACAUACAAAGUAAAGGCCCAAGGACAAGGCUUGUACUUUUGACCGGGUCACCCAGAACUGGACGUUCGGAGCAAGGUGUCGACACCUGGAGCAAGGUUUUAAAUGAGCAGCCUUGGCGGCCAGGGACGCUAGCUGCAUACCCACGGCCUGGGGAGUCCAGGUCCAACUACGGAGCAGUUGAGAGGAUUCUGAGGACUUAUCAGGGCAAUUGCGGAUCUAACGAGAACUCCCUACGUAGUCCAUAUUCAAGAGAGGAGUCGGACCUUGCUGAACAACUGGAACUCUUGGACAUUGAAGACCUGUCCAACCCCAUUAAAAGGCUACACAUGCCCCUCCAGACUACUUCUACUCAAAGUGUUACAACCAGUUCACCACAGGAGAGCAAAGACUCUUCUUUUGUGUCCAUUAAGAAGAGCUUUUCUCGCCCAGUGCGUCCGGCAAAACAACGGCCACCAUCCCGAUGGGCCAACCGUUCUGCUUGUGCUCCUUCAGCUCCCUCGAGUGCCACCUCCAUCUUUACCCACAAAUCCGUGUCCUCUCGCUCUUGAUGGGUCAGGUCGUCAUCCUCGGAGUGCCUUUGUCAUCCAGACAUGACAAAGAUGGCUUUUGAAAACUCAGAGAGCUGUUUUCCCCUCUGUAAAUAUGUGAGCUUGUUUCUCUGCAGCUCUGAAGAACUUAAAUGUGUGCAUUUCACACACACGAAAUUCAGCUUCACAUACAAACCGUGUUUCCGUAGCCUACUGUACUUCGGUGCCAAACUCAUUAAUCUUUAGUUUUCUUUUCUGCCGGGUUUACCGAUGCCUGUGUGUUCACCUCUGUGUUGUCUCAUGCAUGGCUCCCUGUAUGGGUGCAUGUCUUUGUGUGUAUCAGACAUUAUCUUGGUUAUUCCUUAUUAAUAUAACAGUAGUUGAACUUUUAGCAGUUUUAGUCUAUCGGGUAUCCUUAAUCUUCAUAAUACUGGUUAAACAUUAAAAUAACGUGGUGAAUAUGAUAUGUGCGUGGUUGCUUAAAUGUCUUUUUUUCUGAUAAUAAAUGUAACGGUGCAUUU